UUAAAUAACGCCCAACGCUAGUAGGCGAGUUUCACACCCCUGACUUGGAUAUGUUUUACUGUCAUAGUUGCAUUGGUAUCAGUAAUUUUAUUAUAAUAAUCCAUUUUUUAAAGUGUUAUAGCUUAAAAUAUUAACACAAAUUAAAAAUAAUGUCUCAAAACCACUGUGCCAUACAAGGCUGUAAAAUAUCAAUUUUCAAUAAGCCAUUUGGUGUUUCAUUAUUUUCGUGUCCUGCAUCGAAUGAAAUGAGAAAUAAAUGGCUUCAUGCUUUGAGAAAUAGAUGUGCUCUACUAGAUUGGUCAAGAAGUCGGGUAUGCUCAAAGCAUUUUGAACAUAAGUGUUUUGAUUCUCAGAAAAGACUUAAGGAGAACGCAGUACCGACGUUAUUUCCAGUUUAUAAAAAAGUGUUGAGACAUCAUGAUACUACUACACCUGAUAAAAAUAAAGUAGAUAAACUUAUGAGUAAACUUACUCAAUCAGAACUGAUUGCUGACAUAAAAAAUAGUAUGAAAAAGGUAAAAGAGCCUGUCAAUUUUGAGAAUUUUGUAACUGAUGAUCUAAAAUGUAGGCCAGAUGCUUCUAUUGAAACACAACUUUGGCUAUUAAUAAAGAAGCAAGAUAAUUUAAACAAUAGGUUGUUAGAACAUGUUGUCCAAAAUAAAAAGCAUAUCGAAGUUUUACAAAAGAAUAUUGACGAAAAAAAAACUUCAAAAAAAGAUGUGGAUCAAAAUGUGGAGACAUACAAAUAUAUAAUAAAAUGUCUUCAAGAAAAACUUGCAACCUUGGAGGAACAAAUUGAGAUUUUAACAGCUGUGGAAUCGCGGUAGCUAAUAUGACAAAUUGUCAUCUUAAAUUAUUAAGUUUAACCCUAAGAAGUGUUUUCGAUGCCACCUUUAUAUAUAUCUUUUGUGUAAAAUAAAUUAUUUCUUUAAAAAUAAA